AUGCCGGAAGCAAAAUUGGAAGAAGCAGUUCAGCUGCGCCCUCCGCAGUCUACUGCCCGCCUGGUGGAGCGCAUCUGUCAGCUGAUAUUUGUCUACGCCAUUUCCUUCGCCGCCAUGUUCAUGCUAGUCACCAAGAUUUCCCCUGGAAAGUGGCCGCUAAAGGAGCCGUCGCUGGACAAGCCCAGACUCAAGCUAGGGGCCACGAACCGCGACUUUCGCAUUGGCAUCUUUUCUGAUCUGCACUUUGGGGAAGUCGAGUUCGCCUCCUGGGGCAUCGAGCAGGACGUCAACUCCACUCGCGUCAUGAAGAAUGUCAUGAGGAGCGAGCAUCCGGAUCUUGUGGUACUGAAUGGCGACCUAAUUACCGGCGAGGACACCCACAAGGAGAACUCGACAGAGUACAUCAAUCAGAUCGUGCGGCCCAUGAUAGAGGCUGGCCAGAAAUGGACCUCUAUUUACGGAAACCACGAUUCCAAGCACAACCUGGACCGCGAACAACUCUUCCGCGCCGAGAAGGGCUAUGACCUCUGCUACACCACCUCCAUGGGCGACAAGCUCCCCGGCAUCACCAACUAUUACUUGCCCAUCUUCGACGGCGACGCCAAGGACCCCAUUGCUCUGCUGUGGUUCUUUGAUAGCCGCGGCGGCACUACCUACCAGACCGACUCCGACAAUAUGGACGAUAUUCCCAAUUGGGUCGCACCUGAGACGGCCGAGUGGUUCACCACGACCUACGACGAGCUGAAGGAAAAGCACGGCCGUGUCAUCCCUAGCGUGGCCUUCGUGCACAUCCCGCCCCACGUUUUCCUCGACGCCCAAAAGUCAAAUCUAGACCCAAGCAAGUUUCCGGGCUUGAAUGCCGACUCCCCGUUGGCCAUUCAGGGCCAGGGCCAAGAGGACGACCCGUUCAUCGAGGCGCUGCUCGAGGCCGAGGGCCUCCACAGCAUCCACGUCGGUCACGACCACGGCGACUCCUGGUGCUCCACUUGGCCCGGCCACGAGGGCGGACUCGGCGCCGAAGCUCCAUUCCUCUGCUUUGCAAAGCACACAGGCUAUGGAGGAUACGGCGAAUGGAACCGCGGUGCUCGGAUGCUGAGACUGCUGUUUUCCCAGGGCGAUAACCCGCAGAUGUCGGUCGAGACCUGGGUCCGCAUGGAGGACGAUCAAGUCAUCACACGUGUCUCCCUUAACGAAACCUACGGCCUGGAUUCCUACCCUUCCAACAAUGGAGAGUGA